AUGAAAGCAGUUGUUUCUACCGGCCAGGCUUACUGUUGUACCAUCUUAUCCGCAUUUGGUGUGGUUAUCUUAUCUGUGAUUGGAUACUUGUUCCAGACCAACCAUGAAACCAUGAUGGGCUCCACUGAAGACCCCGAGGACGGUGAGGCUGUGGCCAAGACCGUGUUCGGAGCAGUCUUUGUAUACUUGGCAUUCUUUGUGUUCUGUGGUUUACAAGUUGUAUUGAUCAGAAGACAGGAUAGAAUCAAGCUAUAA